AUGGCGUACAUGGGUGAGAUCGGCCUUAAGAGGGGGCUUGCAUGGAGACAUAGAGAAAUCAUGGACCUUCUUCACUUCUGGGGAGAGGAGAAGAUCCAAGAGGCACUUAGAAACACUCACAGAAACCUUGAUUAUUUUGUCAAAAUUGCAGAGCAGAUGGCUACCAGGGGCCACAGAAGAUCGGCUCUUGAGUGCAGAUCUAAGACCAAGACUAUGCGGUUGGAGUAUAAAAAGGUGGUAGCACACAAUGGCAGGUCGGGCAAUGCGCCUAUCACCUGCCCCUACUACAGGGAGCUCGAGAGUAUACUUAGAGGCGAUGCAAGCGUGCACCCAAAGCGCCUGGCACGAAGUAUGGUGCUUCAGGUGGUGGGUCAAGUGCGCAAUGAACCAGUGGAGCUUCAGGUGGGAUCGGAGGAGUUGUUUUCGCAUGACCUGGUUGCUGUGAAUGCAGGCGACCUAAGGAUUUCCUCACCUUGCCACUCCGAUAUUGUUGACGCAAUUGAUGAAAUCAGUUACUGUGAGGCUGAUAUGGAUUCCACACCGGACGGUCUUCUGGAAGAAGACGUUGAGGAGCACAACAGCUUAAUUGGUGAUCCGUGCUGUGGAAAGGAGAACAACCCACCCUGUCAGCAACCAGAAUCAACUGCACAAGACAAGUCUUCUCCUCCUGUUCCUGCAGAGGCACUCUCUCCAGGAACACAACUGGCAAACAUCCGUGGUCGUAGAAGGCGCACCCACGCGAUCAAUGAUGCUGCCGACAAGUUCCUGUCUCAGGCGUCCGAGGAACACCGAGAGGAGAUGGCACUGCGUCAGAAGGAGCAGCUUGAGAUGAGAAAGUGGCGUGAGGAGGAAAGCAGCAGACAACUUCUAUUCUUGGAGGAGACACGUCAAGAACGCCGGAUGUUCCAGGAGUCCUGGUCCCAGAACAUUGAUGUCAUGCGUGCUGCUGUGGGAACACUACAGACAUUGGGAGAGGCCAUCAUGCGGCAGCAGUCUAAAGUGGGUCAAGGGGUGGCUAUCAUGCCCAGUGGCCAACCCAUGAGCAAUGUUGAGGAAAAUAGAAGAGUUUCAACUAAGAGAUCAUGUGUUGGGAGGUCCAGGGACAGAUUAACACUAUAA